GCGGCAGUGGCCUGGGGAAGGGCUCUCCCUGCCCCUGAGGGCAGAGGCGGGGCUGCCAAUUCCGCCUCGGGGGGUGGGAGGUUCCUACGAGCCUCCCUAGCUUCGGGCAAGCACCCUCAGGGCUCCCUACGUGGCUGGCGCCUGCCCGCACUUUGUUGAACCGUUUACGUGGGCUUUGUCCACUGUAAGUCUGGAGCUGUAUCUUCUCCUUUCCUGGUCCUCACAGUCAACCAGCGUGUUCUGGCUGCCUGGCCCAGCCCUUCUUUGCCCCCCACCACACCACACCCCGGUUCCUCGCAGGGUACCAAACUUUUUGGUAUCAAGCGUGGACAGCCCGAAGUUACUGGGAAUGCCUGUUGCCUUGCCCACGAGGGCCAGUGGCUGUGAUAAUUGCUUGGCUGCUGAAACCCUUAUGCUGACGAAUGAGGCCAUGAUUAGUGUGUUAAUUUGAAAAAUAAAUAUGCCCUGUAUUUGGGGGUGGGGGAAGCACUUGGAUGAAAAACAGAAGUAUGACGCUCUUGUACUCAUUCAAUAGAUUUAUGUUAUAUAUGCAUAUUUUCAAGGAGCUCGGGGUGGCUUUUGUCAUCUUAUUCUCUCAACAAUCCUGCAAAAUAGCUUAGGUUGAGAGGGUGUUUGGCCAAGGCCAGCCAGUAACUUUCAUGGCAGAGUAUGGAUUUUAGCCACAGUUUCCCCAGGCUAACAAUGUAGUUCUAUACAUCUCUACUCUGAGGUAUGCUCCAUUGAGUUCAGUGGUGUUCUCUCCUAGGUAAGUGUGUAUAGAAUUGCAGCUUAUGUCUAGCAUCAUCUCUUAUUGUACAAUGCUAAGCAUAAUACUUUAAGACAACUGAGUUUGUUUGGUUGAUCCUUCAUUAAUUAUCUGACUAUUCUGGUCUUGUUUUACCUACUAUAUAUCCUCUCUUUCAGCCUACAGUAAGGCCCUCAAGCUGUCUUACAAUACCAAACAUGUUCUUUUCUCAAGUAAAUGUCUUCAAGAAAUUAUUCUUUAUCUGGAUGGUCUUUGAAGAUCCCUGAAGAGGGCGAUGACUGAGUAUAAGCUGGUGGUGGUGGGAGCUGGUGGUGUUGGAAAAAGUGCCUUGACCAUCCAACUCAUCCAGAAUCACUUUGUGGAUGAAUACGAUCCUACUAUAGAGAACCUUAUCCAGAAGAUUUCAGUCUCACACCUGAUCAUUUCACCACCGCAGGACUCUUAUCGUAAGCAGGUAGUUAUUGAUGGAGAGACUUGUUUGCUAGACAUCCUGGACACAGCAGGGCAGGAGGAAUAUAGUGCCAUGAGGGACCAGUAUAUGAGAACUGGUGAAGGCUUCCUGUGUGUUUUUGCCAUUAACAACAGCAAAUCAUUUGCAGAUAUCAAUCUUUACAGGGAGCAGAUUAAAAGAGUGAAAGAUUCAGAAGAUGUACCUAUGGUGUUAGUGGGAAACAAAUGUGACUUGCCAACACGGACCGUAGAUACCAAACAGGCUCAUGAAGUAGCCAAGAGCUAUGGGAUUCCCUUCAUUGAGACAUCUGCCAAAACGAGACAGGGUGUCGAAGAUGCCUUUUACACAUUGGUGAGGGAAAUACGCCAGUAUCGGAUGAAAAGACUCAACAGUAGUGAAGAUGGGAAUCAAGGCUGUAUGGGGCUUUCAUGCCUUGUGAUGUGAUCAGUUGCCUGAAACAUCUGGCCAAAACGCAGCUAGAGGUUGAACCUUAAUUUCACUGUGUUGCAUUUCAUCAAGAUGUCUGACCAGUAUCCCGGUGCCAGUUGACCAAUACUAAAUUUUUCUAUCAGCACCUGAAGAGAAUGUCUCUGAACAUCUACCUCUUUGCUCAGCUGAGCAAGCAAAGAAAAUCUCAUCUGUUAUGUGGUGGGAUUCCCCCCCCUCCCCUUUGUCGGGUAGGUUCAAACAGAGGAACUGGUUGUGUGUGAAAUUGUGGAGGCCAAUGCUAUGAAAGGACAAUAUCUCUUUUUCUGGAUGGAAAACUGGCAUGAAUUGUGAACACACUGUGCUGAAAAGCCAUUACUUAGCACUGUAUGAUAAUGCUGCUGUGCCUGACUUGCUAUACACCAUUUUCAGACAGGAAAGUACCUGCCAGAUGCCCCAAAAACGUUUACAUUCUUAUAGCACGUCAACUUAUUGCACCGACUUUUAGGCCUCUUUAGUCCCAGGCUUUUUUGUAGCAAAAGGAAAGCUCUUUGGUAACCAAGUGCCUGUUUGCAAAGGGAGUCCAGGGCUUAGUCUUACCCUGCCAGUUUGCUACUCUGGUUCCUACCUGGCCCUUCUUGAAUAUUUGAAGCUGCCUUUGACUGUUGUUCUAUCAAACCCAGUACUGUCUACUCUUGACUGGCAAUGCCUAUCCAGGUUCUCUCUCCCAGCUCUGCUAUCGAAGCUUUCUUAAUAGGGCUCGUUAGGAGUUGGAUGUGGGACCUUCUGCAUGUGGAGCAUGUGCUCUACCACUAAGCUAUAUCCUCUCUCCAGUCAUGAGUACUGCACAAGGACUUAUCUGCACCAUUGACUGAAAGGCACUUUGAUCUGUAAAACCCUGUGGGGGAGACUAGCAGUCAUCUGCCAUUCUCCAGUGUUAAAUACAUUCCAUUUAGCUUUUUUACUGUGCUUGAAAUUAUGGUGUUUCCCAUCAAGGCCAGUUAACAGCUGUGGAUGCUACAAGUAGCGGCUACUCCAAUGUCAAUCCUAAAUCAGGGCUCUACGGGGGCCAUAUUGAGAAGAGUGAGCUGUCACAGCAGUCUAUGCACUUCGGUUUUUAAUUAAAUUUCUUUAUUCAUUUGAUACCUGUCAGGCACAGCCUUUUUAUUCAUAUGUGAAAAAUUGUGUCUGGGGAACACACUUCAUUAACGUUAUACACAUUGAAAGCUCUCUCCAGGUUACUGCUGUGCAGUCAAGCUAGAAGUCAAGAGCUACAGUACAACCAAAUUAGGAUGGUGGAUGGGGAAUGGUUUUUAAUGAUCAACACAGUUUUAUGCUGCUUGAAGGAAGAAGUAAAUUGUGUUGUAUGUUCAACCUUGGAACUGGAUUCUUCAUUACUCUACAUUCCUCCAGGCCAUGAUUCCGUGUCUAAAUGAACAGGAGCUGUGGAUUUUCCUUCUUAUAUUGCUGGGAAAUAGUUGAAUAGAUAACCACUGUUUAUCUGUAAUAUACAAGUUUUGGUCCUGAUUUUCAUGUAUGUAUACCAUCUCGUUACUGACUUGAAAUUGGAUUCUUGAAUUGCUUCCAUUCAAAAAUAUCACUCUUGAAUUGAUGUGGAGUGAUAUGAAAGCUCUGUCUUUGGUGGCUGUUUAACAUAUGCAAGUCAUUGCUUGAUAUUGCAAUUAUUGUGUUUACGAACCAUUACUAAGCUGGGGCCAGACUUCAAUAUAAAUGGGGUUGAAGAUCAUAAAUCCUUUUGUGCCAGGUCUAUUACAUUGGCAAUUUACUGCACAUUGGCAGAGGAGACACCACUAUGUAAUUGCCAGCUGAGAGUGAUGGUCGAUCACUGUUUCCAAAAAUAGCUUUGCUGUUGUCCAACAGAGCAAUGAAUCAUUUCAGAUUCAAACAUAACAGCAAACAGCAUUAAGUAGAGCCAUGCAGUGCUGUGUGAGGGACAUUAAUAUGCCUUACAUCUAGCUAAAGUUUUAAUAAAAUCUAAGCAUUAAGGCAUCACAGAGCUCUCUUUAUCAGGAGACUGGUGUCACACAAUGAAAUUGUGUGUUCUUUAAAGCCUUCCCUUUGUGUUAUGCUCAACUGUUGACACCCUCCCAUAGAUUCUCCCCCUUUUUUGUUUUGUUUUACUAGCAAGGCCCCUUUGUCCUUUAAUAACUGCAUGACUCGCAGAAAUGUAACAGAUGCAUUGGUGGAGGGAGAGAGCAGUAUUAGUCCAAUUUCUACUUGAAAAGCAGUUGUUCAAGGCAGAGAAGCGCUGCCAGAGGAAAAGGGCGCAAUCUCAUAGUACCAUAUUAAAAUUGCUGAACUUAAAGCUCCCUUAGGAAAUCACCUCCCUCAGCUGGCAUUUUCAGUUUAAAGGUUGUGUCUGUGGAAGCCUGAAGAUUAAGUGUCAUGUUUGGCUGUGUGUUCUGCAUGUUUGCAAAUAAAAAUGCAUCUGAGAAGCACAUAUUAAGCUAUUAGUCAAUUUUGCACCUGUUAGACUGCCUUGAAGCCAGUUGCUAAAGAUGAUACCCUCUCACCCCAGGUGAAACAUCCUAGCUAAAAUACAAGGCAGUCUGUAGAAUAAAUCUAUGACCUUCCUGCAAGCACAGCCCAUUGACAAGGGAGUGUGAGCCUGCUUCAAAGCCUCUUGAAAUCUAGGAUUAAUGACAAUAGGAUCUGGCCUUGUCUCAACCCUAUAUUGCUCAAUCAAGCCAUAGCAGGCAGUGUCAU